UUGACGAGAAUAUCCACCUUUCCCACUUCACUUUAAUCGCCAGGGCGUUCUAGGGUUCUUCGCGCGGUGAUGAAAUUCGGUAAGCGAUUGCAGCAGCAGAUCGAGGAGACGCUGCCGGAAUGGCAGGACAAAUUCCUCUCGUACAAGCAGCUCAAGAAGCGCCUCAAGCUCAUCGCGGCCGAGUGCUUCACCGAUCACCCGUUUGGCGGCCACCAGGAGCAGCAGCAGCGGCGGCGGCCAGCGAAUUCCAGCAACGAGAGCAGCGGCAGCGUCACUGGGCCGGCUGCCAGUAAUGCGGAUCGUCAAUUCCAGGAGAAUGAAGAGGGGCGGGGGCUCACGAGCCAGGAGGUGGAAUUCAUCCGGCUGCUCAAUCUGGAGCUCGAGAAGUUCAACGCGUUCUUCAUCGAUAAGGAGGAGGAAUACGUUAUUCGCUUGCAGGAACUCAAGGAGAGGAUCGAACGGGCGAGAGUGGAAAACGCCGAAAGCUCUUUGUCAGGUGGUCCCUAUUUUGACGAGGAGAUGCUUAAUAUCUGGAAGGACUUAGUCACCUUUCACGGGGAGAUGGUGCUUCUCGAGAACUAUAGCUCGCUCAAUUACACAGGCCUGGUGAAAAUCCUAAAGAAGCACGACAAGACAACAGGAGCUCUCUUGAGGCUUCCAUUCAUUCGCAAGGUCCUGCACCAGCCGUUUUACAAGACGGAGCUCCUCUCCAAGCUCGUCCGGGAGUGCGAGAGCAAUCUCCAGUCCAUCUUCCCGGCUGCGAUGCUGGGCGAGACGGUGAUCGAUGGGCCAGUGUCCAUGGAUCCGGCUAAAGUGAGAGACACGUCACAAGCUGGAGUAUCAUCGUCGGUGGCAGCAGUGGGAUCAUCUUCAUCAGCAGCAGCGAAGGAGGAAGAAGUGGAAGAACAAAAAAAAGAGCUCGAGGGCGAGGGAGGAGGCGAUGGAGAGAAAGCAGAGUGCUCGUCCCCAAAGCAGGAGGAUGGGAAUAUGGAAGGGAUUUACAGGAGCACAGUGGCAGCGCUCCACACUAUCCAGGAGCUUCGCAAAGGCAGCUCCACUUACAGCCCACUCUCACUGCCGCUCUUCAAUCGCGAGGAGAAUCUGGGCGUCGUGGUGGACGAGUCCACUGUGUCGUGCUAGCGGCGAGCUCUUGAUCGAAUACAAAACUCGCUGGCGCUUGUACCCUGGUUUUCAUAUUUUCUGGCGCGUCAAAUCUGGACCGGUGGUGUUUUUAGGGUUCUUGGAGAGCUGACAAGCGAAUCAAAGUUAACCUUUUUUAAAACCCUGUGGAGAACAUGGGCUCAAGUAAGUUAAAUAUCUCUUCUUUUUUCUUCCUAUUGUUACCAGGCUUCUGGAAGACGAGGCCGAGCGCCUGUGUCAAAUCGAGAACCAGCUACACCACUUACAGGUAGAGGAGAGCAUUUACACAGGCCAUGAAGCAACUGGAGACGACCAACACAACGAGUGAGUGGCGGACGAGGAUGACCAUGAACUUUGCGGAGGAGCUUGAUCGCGAGCUCGCCGAGGCUCUCAAAGGCCACACUCCAGGCAGCUGAUCUCUUGAGAAAGGACGACACUGGCACUGCAGCACCCGAGGAAGCGUCCCAAGACAGUGAGUAGAAGAUAAAGUUUGCGACGAUCGGGGGGUGUUUAGCAAGGAUGCCUUUGUGUCAUUCCCAACUUCACUGAUAACCUGGACAAUAACAGCGCGUGGUUAUAGUAAGGGUGUCGCUACUCUCGUCUGAAGGUGGGGAUCUUUGCCAUAAUCGGCAUCUCUGUCACCCAGGACCUCAAAUCCUCCUGGCGGAAAUAGUUACUGUUUUCUCGUA